GGGAGAAGCGAGAGAGAGAGCGAAGGGGGAGAGAGCGAGAGAAAAGCCAAAGCAAUCCAGCGCAGCCUGAUGCAAAAGGCGACUAAGUAGAGCCAGAAGAGCGAGCGAGCAAGGCAGCCGCCUGCGGUCCGCCGGCUGCACCCGCGUGGCUCUUCUUCGCGAAGGGAAGCUCGCUGCAGCUUGGAGUCGAGCCUUGCCAAAGCAGGAGAGAGCGGCAGGCAGGCAGGCAGGCGCGGGGGGAGCGAGAGAGCGCGAGCGAGCGAGAGCCGCGCAGGCACCCCGAGAGCAGCGGCGCCGAGCUCUUGCAAAGCCUCAAACUGGCUCACCCGCUCGCAAGUCAGAGCAGCCCCCUCGCUCCGGGAGUGCACCCUUUCUGGAGGACUGGCGGCGGCGGCGGCGGCGGCACCCCCAGCAAAAGGAUGGCAUCCGAGCUGGCCCUGAACAGCUCCGACCUGCCCACCAGUCCCUUGGCCAUGGAAUAUGUUAAUGACUUCGAUCUGAUGAAGUUUGAAGUGAAAAAGGAGCCGGUGGAGACCGACCGCAUUAUCAGCCAGUGCGGCCGCUUGAUCGCUGGGGGCUCGCUCUCUUCCACCCCGAUGAGCACGCCCUGCAGCUCGGUGCCGCCGUCGCCCAGCUUCUCGGCGCCCAGCCCGGGCUCGGGCGGCAGCGACCAGAAGACGCACUUGGAAGACUACUACUGGAUGACCGGCUACCCGCAGCAGCUCAACCCAGAGGCGCUGGGCUUCAGCCCGGAAGACGCCGUGGAGGCGCUCAUCAACAACAGCCACCACCAGCUCCAGAGCGCGCCGGGCUUCGAUGGCUAUGCUAGAGGGCAGCAGCUGGCCGCGGCCGCGGCCGCAGCAGCAGCAGCCGGCGGCAGCGCCGGCCCGGGGGGAUCCAUGCAGCCCGACGACAUGGGCUCGGCGGCCGCCGUGGUGUCAGCGGUGAUCGCGGCGGCUCAGCAGCAGCAGCAGCAGCAGCAGAACGGCGGCGGCGGCGCGCCCCAUUACCACCACCACCACCACCCGGCCGGGGGCCACCACCACCAUCACCACCACCAGCAGCCGGGCAGCGUGCAGUCCUCGGGCAGCAGCAGCAGCAGCAGUAGCAGCAGCAGCAGCAGCAGCGCCGGCGGAGGCGGAGGCGGCGGCGGGGGUCUCCACCACCCUCACCACGGCGGCGGCAGCUUGCAUUUCGACGACCGCUUCUCGGACGAGCAGCUGGUGACCAUGUCGGUGAGGGAACUCAACCGGCAGCUGCGCGGCGUCAGCAAGGAAGAGGUAAUCCGGCUGAAGCAGAAGCGGCGGACCCUCAAGAACCGAGGCUACGCGCAGUCCUGCCGCUUCAAGAGGGUCCAGCAGCGGCACGUCUUGGAGUCCGAGAAGAACCAGCUCCUGCAGCAAGUGGAGCAUCUCAAGCAGGAAAUCUCCAGGCUGGUCCGGGAGAGGGACGCCUACAAGGAAAAAUACGAGAAAUUGGUCAGCAAUGGGUUCAGAGAAAACGGCUCCAGCAGCGACAACCCAUCCUCUCCAGAGUUUUUCAUGUAUCCAAGAGAAUCUUCUACAUCAGUGAUGUGAGAAUUCCUGUUACCUGGAGUCUGACAAGAAAACCUGAUGCUGGGUUGCAGAUGGCUUACAACAAUUUCUGGCAUGAAGAUAAGCUACAAAGCACAAAAAGAAGAAAAAUUUUAAAAAUCCCCACAGACAAAUGAACUAGGAACGAAACAAGAACAAAAAUGGCAUUUUCAUGGCGUUGAAGAGUUCUUUAUUUUUCCUCAAGUUUUCUUUUCUUAAAAAAAAAA